AGCAGCUGCUGCGGGGAGUGCGGGUGGCCAGUUCCGGGAACGUUCCCUGCUGCGUACAUACCCGGACAAAAUGGUAGCUCAGAGGACAGAGGUGUUUCCUGACAACACUGCUGCUAAAUAUAGUCAAAGCAAUGGCCUGGUUCUCUCAGCAGCCCGGUGCAAGCCUCCCGCCUAUGUGAGACCGGGAGUUUGACCCAGCACCUUCCCUUGUCGGUAAAUAAGGGCUACUCCCUCGGAGGAGAGCACAGCCUUUCGGAGAGUCUCCACGUGAGGAGCCCAAAAUCAAGGUUGAAAGGAGCAUGGAUCUGCCUGUAGAUGAAUGGAGAUCAUACCUACUUCAGAAAUGGUCUUUACUCCCAAAGUCAGCUCAGGUCACAAUUUCUACUGCAGAGACUUUGAGUGAAAUCUUUCUUCAUUCUUCUUUGUUUCUUCGAUCUGAGGAUGAGAAGUUUUUAAAAAGACUUUCUCAAGGUUAUUCGGUGGGAAAGGAUCCCAAGGCUCCCUGUUUCUACAGAGAAGAAGGAAACAAAAAAUUCCAGGAGAAGAAUUACAGUGGAGCUGCAGUGCUGUACUCUAAGGGAGUUUCACAUUCGAGGCCUAACACUGAGGACAUUUCACUGUGCUACGCUAAUCGCUCUGCAGCACUCUUCCACCUGGGUCAGUAUGAAACCUGUCUCAAUGAUAUCAUCAGAGCACUGAUGCAUGGAUAUCCAGAAAGACUGCAACCCAAGCUGAUGUUGCGUAAGGCAGAAUGCCUAGUGACCCUGGGGAGAUUGAAAGAGGCAAGCCAAACAGUCAGUGAUCUUGAAAGUAAUUUCACUGUCAAACCAACUCCAACAGCUUCCCCCUUUCAAAUUCUACAGAAAAACCUCUGCAUUCUGAAAAUGAAGAUACAAGAAAAGGAGAACCUCCCAGAAAUCUUCCCUACUGCUUUAGCCAAAGACUCUGAGGAUAUGGACCUAAGGGAAGAGAAUGAACAUAUUUCUAGUGCAUCGUCCUCUGUCCGCUUAUGCACAGAUCCUUUAAAAGGCCGCUACCUGAUUGCCACAAAAGACAUUAUCCCAGGAGAACUCCUAGUAAAGGAGGAUGCUUUUGUGAGUGUCCUCAACCCAGGAGAAAUGCCACCCCCGCAUCAGGGCCUAGAGAGUAGGUGGGAUACCAGGGUUACCCUUGGGGAUCUCUACUGUCACAGAUGUUUGAAGCAUACUUUGGCCAUGGUUCCCUGCCAUGGAUGUAGCUAUGCCAAGUAUUGCAGCCAGGAGUGCAUUCAGCAGGCCUGGGAACUGUACCACAGCGUAGAGUGUUCUCUGGGGGAGCUGCUGCUUACACUCGGGGUAUUUUGCCAUGUUGCCCUGAGGUUGACUCUUUUGGCUAGAUUCGAAGAUGUGGACAAAGUUUUAAGGAGGAUUUGUGAUGAGAUUAAUAACAAGGACAUGCGUUUAUCUGAAAGCAAGACUCUGGUCAAGACAUUCAACUACAACCAGGGAAAAAGUGAAGAAAUUGGCAAAACAGUUGAGACCCAAAUUCCUGGGUGUAACCUUAAGGGGAAGUAUGAAAAUAAUUAUAAUGCUGUCUUCAACCUUCUGCCCCAUACUGAAAACCACAGCCCAGAGCAUAAGUUUCUGUGUGCUCUCAGUAUCUCUGCGCUGUGUAGGCAGCUUGAAGCAGCCAGCCUGCCUGCCCUUACCACAGGUCUGAAGGCAGCAGUGACUCCUGAACUGCAUGCAGACUGGAACAUAUGGGCAGUGGCCAUGCUGCGGCACCUGUUACAGCUGCAGUGUAACGCUCAGGCAAUAACUGCCAUACAACACACAGGAUCUAAAGAGAGCAUCAUUACUGACAGCAGGCAGGUACGCCUUGCUACAGGCAUCUUCCCUGUUGUGAGCCUCCUGAAUCACUCCUGCAGCCCCAAUACCAGCGUGUCCUUCACUGGCACCAUCGCCACCAUUCGGGCAGCACAGCAAAUUAGAAAAGGGCAAGAGAUUCUCCACUGUUAUGGGCCUCACGAGAGCCACAUGAGUGUUGCUGAAAGGCAGCAGAAGCUGAGGUCUCAGUACUUCUUUGACUGCUGCUGUCCAGCUUGUCACUGUGAGGAACCCAGGACAGCUGUGGGGCCCAGGUGGGAAGCAUUCCAUUGUAACAAUUGCGGAACACUCUUGCAGGGAGAUGAUGUCCUGAGCUGUGGGAACAGAGCCUGUCCAGAAUCCAUCAGCAGGAACCACCUGGUCUCUCGAGUGCAGCAGCUUCAGCAGCAGGUUGGGGUGGCUUGGAAGCUUCUCAGAAAUGGCAAACUCGAGCAAGCCAUCCCGCUGUUGCUGAGGUGCCGGGAAGAUGCUGAGAGCUUCCUGUCGGCAGAGCAUGCUGUGGUAGGGGAAAUUGAGGAUAACCUGGCCCGGGCCUACGCUGCCCUAGGGGAUUGGCAAAAAUCAGCUUCCCAUCUACAGAGGAGUCUCCAAGUAGUUGAGGCUCGUCAUGGGCCAUCUAGUGUUGAAAUGGGCCAUGAGCUCUUCAAACUAGCCCAAGUCUUGUUCAACGGGUUUGCAGUACCUGAAGCUCUGGAUGCCAUACAGAAGGCAGAAGACGUCUUGUUGAUACACAGUGACCCUCAGAGUGAUGAAAUCCAGGAGCUCCAGAAGAUGAGGUCCUGUUUAUUGGACUUGCCACCCAUCCCCGGAGGUUCCCAAAAGGAUUCUGGCCCCUAGGAAAGGAGCUGUAACAGAUGAAUUAGAGAGGUCCUGUUGCUACCGAGCUCACAUUGGGAAAGAAUAUUCAUCUGAAGGUCCCUGCUCUAGGUAGGAAGGACUCAGAAAAGAUCGCAAUUGUGAAGAGACACACAGCUGUUUUGAUGGAUAUUUCUCAAAUUAGUUAAUUCCCCUCCAAUAAAAAUUCUGUUCCCAGAAAAGCCUGACAACUAGUAUCUGGAGAGUUCGGGUCUUUUGAAGGGAUUGUAGCUGAUCUGUAGGCAUCUGUUUGUUAGCUAAGGUUUGGCCAGAUUCCAUCUCACUAAGUACUGCGAGUUGGUCUCCCUAGAACAGUCCUACAGUUUCUAGUAGUGAUAAAAUGUUUGUACCACUCCAGUGGGAAGUUAGUAGUUGUGUUGUAAUUGAAAAAUAAUUAUAAAGCAAGAAAUCAGUGCAACUCCCUACCCCUAGAGAAACAGUUCUUAUUAGAGUAUCUAGCUUUUUCAGAUCCUUUGUUAAAACUGCUGGAUAAUGGCACAUGCCUAUAAUCCCAGCACUCAUGGAGGCUGAAGCAGGAAGAUCACAGAUUCCAACCCAAUCUGGACAUUCUGGCAAUUUAGUGAGACCCUGUCUCAAAAUAAAAAAGGCUACGAAUAUACCUCAAAGCAAAGGCUAUGAAUUCAGUCCACAGUACAGCAAAAAUGGGUAGAGUGUAAAUUGUAAAUAGAAAAAUAAAUGUAGGACCAUUUUACUGUUGGACAGUUUCUUCCUGAGAUAACAACUCUAUAUUUAUUUUCCACUAAUUUUGUUGUUGUUGUUGUUUGUCCUUACUGUCUGGCUUUCGUUGGGUCUUUUUGGUAGACUCACAGGCCCAACAGUAAGAAAAGAAAACUUGCAGGAAGGAUUUUACAACACAUGUGCCUCCUUUUUCAGUUCUGUUUGUUAGCAAACCUGAAAAGAGAUUACCUGCUACUGAUCGAGCUCCCUAAUCUGGCAAAUGUAGUACAGGCUGGGAAUAGGGUUAGAGAACUUCAAAAACUGCUGAGAACGGGCUCGUGAUGUAGCUCAGUGGUGGCAAGCGUGAGGCUUUGGGUUCUGUAGCCAGCACCACCGGAAAAACAAGGUGAAGGUGUGAGUGUUGCUGUUUGAGUUUUUCAACUGAAGAUACAGAAGGUGGAGAUGAUUGUCCCUUCCACAAGGAUCAGUAGCAGUAGUGUGGAUGCCGUCCUCAUCACAGUGGUGUAGAAUUCUCUAGUUCGGAACCAUGUUGUUCCGUCACCCUGUAACCAAGUGGUUCAGAUGAAUCAGUGGAAGAGAGGGCCAGAUCUGCACUGCUUUAGAGAAUCCCCACCAGCACUCAUGCCCAAGAAGUAGUUGCUUGGUUGCCAUGGCAACAUAAUCAGGAAAUGAAUAGUUCUGAAGAGGCCUGGUAGCAGUUUUUCAGGAAGUAUUUGGAAUACAGUAUAUCAAACAUAUAUCAAAUGGAAAGUGGACAGAAUUUUAUUUUUCCUGUUCUCUAACAACUCAUCCCCAAGGGAAUGGCCAGGGAGAUUUUUUUUUGGUAGAGCUUUUUCAAGGAAAAAGAAAUUAAUCUUGCAGACAGUUUUAGGGUUAUUCCAUUCCAAACACUUAGUGUGUUUCCUGUUCCUGAACAAAGAUUCUGUUGUCCUUUAUAAAGUAGGUGUGAUUUCUGUCAUGCUCUAUGCUUAUCGCCCUAGUAACCAUGUACCUAGAGCACCGACCACAUUGUUAUAAAUUAGUUAUAAAUUAACUGAAGCAUCGCUGUACUGUUCUGUAUGUGUCAUCAUCUUAAAAACCUGUUUGCUGUGUCAACUUUUGUUCCCCUUGUAAGAGACAAAUGAUGCUGUGUCCACCAUUGUUCCCUUUAUGAGAGACAAAUGUUCCUGGAAUUGGCAGACCAAGGGCUAUGAAUUGGCUCACCACCCACUGGGAAAUGUCUCUUCCUCAAGCAAAAGGGAACAAAGGCCCACCUUGUUUCUGUUUCUCAUCACUAUGUACUUAAUGAUCAAUGAACUAAUCAUAAAUGAACUAUAAAAAUCAGUCAAAAUUCUAACUCAGUUGCACAGCUUUGCAGAUUCCGUCUGCACUGUGUCACUGGGCCAGCUAAAAUAAAAGCGCUUCUUUUUUUUUU